UUUCAUGCCACAUCAGUUUUUAAUUUACCAAGAAAAUGUUGGACCCGGCUUUACGGAUGGGCAUUAGAAUUUAUUAAGUAGAGAACAUAUUUAAAAUAUUACAUCGUUUAAUUAUUGAUAUCUAAAGUUUGGUCAAAAUAUUAUGAAGUGCAAGAAUUCUUGAAAACAAAACAAAAAUGUGGAGACAAACUGCUUGCCGGACGCUGGUGUUUGUAUUUAUAAUUUUUACAUCGGUUGCACAGAAUAUUGCAUCGGAUCUCCCAAGUUCUCAUUCCCAAAGUUACUCAGUUACAACGCUUAUUAAUGCUAAAUGGCAACAAACACCAUUGUAUUUAGAAAUUGCAGAAUAUUUAGCUGAUGAAAAUCCUGCUUUGUUCUGGGAUUAUGUGAAUGAAAUUUUGACUCAACAAAAGCCAAUUAAAGAAUAUACUUCAGAUUCGAACCAGUAUUUGGCAGCGAUUAAUGUUGCCCGUAAUCGCCUUAAUUUACUUCAGUUACCAUUGCUUAAAUUGGUCGUGUCAUUGCACAUUUUAACUCCUAGGAUACAAACACAUUUGCAAAUAUCGAAUGAUAUAUAUGCAAAGUCUACAUGUAAGGAAGAUACCUUUGUCCAACUUGAUACUGAAGUCAUAUGUAGCAUUGAUAAGUUGAUAGAAAAACUCAAUUCAAAAACCGAGUUUUUGGAAGAACCUGUUACAUACAGUUUUGACCAUGUUUAUCCCGGAUCGGAGAAUAAUUCACGAACUGUAAUUUUGUAUGGAGAUUUCGCAUCAAACAGUUUUCCCGCAUUUCACAAAAUAUUGUCAAAAGAAGCACUUACUGGAAAUAUACGUUACGUUUUCAGACAUUACUUUGCGAAUAAUACCAUAAGUAAACCCGUACGUCUGUCCGGCUAUGGUGUCGAGCUUCAUCUUAAAUCUACUGAAUACAAAAGUCAGGAUGAUGCGCCGAAGACAAAUGAUGACACGUUCAAAAAUGAAACAGAUGAAGAAUUUGAAGUUAAAGGUUUUGACUUCAAAAUUCUCAAGAAUAGAUUUCCAAGUUUGACUGCCUCUUUAGACCAAUUGCGUUACAAUCUUUUAAAGGGCAACGAAGAAAUCACCCAAUUGAAAGCAUGGGAGUUUCAAGACUUGGGAUUACAAGCCGCCGUAGCUAUUUCUGAAGUGCAAGGCGAUGAGGCCUUGCAGGUUCUGCAAUUUAUUGCUCAUAAUUUCCCAAUGCAAGCACAUACACUUCUGCAUCAUAAAGUAUCCGAUGCAUUACGAGCUGAAAUUAAACACAAUAUCGAAGUUUUUGGACGCAGUUUAAAUAUAAUUCCACCAGAUGGUGCACUAUUCAUAAAUGGUUUAUUUUUUGAUGCUGAUACAUUGGAUCUUGGUGCUAUAGUUGAAACAGUGCGCGCUGAAGUUCAUGUGCUAGAGAGUCUGCAUAAGAACAAUAUACGCGGUCCACUUGCAGCUGCGCUUCUCGCGCUGGAUCUUUCUGGAGCAGCGAGCAAAGAAUUCGCAAUCGAUAUUAGAGAUACAGCAGUAAUGUGGAUAAAUGACAUAGAGACCGACGCACAAUAUCGUCGUUGGCCAUCAAGCGUAAUGGACUUAUUACGACCUGCCUUCCCAGGAAUGUUACGAAACAUACGUAAAAAUAUAUUUAACUUGGUUUUAGUGGUUGAUCCACUAAAUUCUGGAAGUAGAAAUAUUAUAAAAUUGGCAGAGAGUUUUGUCAUCCACCAAGCGCCAGUGAGACUUGGUCUAGUAUUUGAUAUCCGUAGUGCCGAAAAAGAUACUGCUAAAGACUAUAAUUCAAUUAUUUGUGCAUACAAUUAUGUAACUCAAAAUAUGGAUGGCCGAUCAGCGUUAAGUUUUUUGACAGACGUGUUUGCAGCUGCAGAUUCUACAGAAAAGGUGCGAUACACACAUAUUCGUAGUCAAUUCAAAAAAACCUUUAAUAAUUUAUCUGGCGGCAAAAUUGAUGAUAUUUUGGGCGAAGAUUCUGAUUACGAUUAUGGAAAACAAUUGUCGUUGGAAUUCAUUGAGCGUUUGGGAUUUGCCAAUUCCCCACAGGCGUUAUUAAAUGGUGUACCUAUGCAGCAAAGUAUAUUGAACUCUGAUAGUGAAUUCGAAGAAGCAAUUUUUUCGGAAAUUAUCCAGCAGACAAGUACUUUUCAGAAAGCAGUAUAUAAAGGCGAUCUAACGGACACUGACUCAGUUAUCGAUUAUCUUAUGAAUCAGGAUCAUGUUAUGCCACGGUUAAAUCAGCGUAUUCUCAACACAGAUACCUCGAAAUUCCUGGACUUUUCCGGAACCGAAUAUAAGGACUUAAUGAAUGUUCAAGAUCUAGCUCAGCUUUCAAAUAGAGACAUGACGGCAACUUUAUUGUCCAAUAUAAAAUAUUUCGCCGCUAAACAUGCUACUGAACGCAUUGGUAGUUACGAAUUAAACUUCUUAACUAUCUGGGUUAUUGCUGAUAUUGAACAAGUAGAAGGUCGGGAGCUGUUGGCGAAUGCUCUUAAGUAUCUUAAGUCUGGAAGUAGUGUGCGAAUAGGAUUUUUGCCUAAUAUUGAAGGUUCAUCUGCCUCAAAUAAAAACAAUUUAAAUCGUUUAGCGUGGGCUGCUACACAAACACUUCCCUCCGUUGAAGCUACAGACUUAGUUUUAAAAUGGAUUAAAAAUCCCAAUUCCAUAAGUGAAAUUCCAGAUGCUAUCAACGAAAUACUUUCAUCAACUGAGUUGCAUAUGAAAAUGCUGCGAGUUUAUGUGCAACGAAUUUUCGGUUUGCCGAAGUCUGGCCGUUUAGUAGUUGGAAAUGGUAAGAUAUUCGGCCCGUUGACAACAGAUGAAAAGUUUAAUAUCGAAGACUUUGGGCUGGUUGAUCGGUUCAAUGCAUUUCAAUAUGGCGAUAAAAUCCGAAAUAUAUUAAAGCAAAGUGUCGAAAGUGACGCAGGUACUACUGAUGAUAGUGUAAUUAAUAGUGAUACUUUACUGAAAUUAUAUGCCAGCCUUGUGCCCAGACAAUCAAAAACUCGUUUUAAGAUACCCGAUGACAUUAAGAAACAUAAUUCAGUAGUUUCCUUAUCACCUAAACAACCACUUAUGCCACAUUUUGAUAUAUCUGCAGUUGUUGAUCCUGCUUCGAGAAGUGCACAAAAGCUCGCUCCAAUUCUUAUUCUAUUACGAAAUAUCCUCAACUGUGAGAUGCAUUUAUAUUUAACCCCCGUUGGGCAGCAUAGUGAUAUGCCUGUUAAGAACUUUUAUCGAUAUGUUGUGGAGUCGGAGGUUCAAUUUCAAACGAACGGGAAGUUAGCAGAAGGUCCUAUGGCAAAGUUCACAGGCUUACCUGUUAACUCGUUACUUACACAAAAUUUACAGGUGCCUGAAAAUUGGCUUGUAGAGGCUGUGCAUUCUGUAUAUGACUUGGAUAAUAUCAAAUUAAGUGAAAUCGGUGGCCCAGUCCAUAGCGAAUAUGAGUUGGAGUAUUUGUUAUUAGAGGGUCAUUGUUUCGAUUCGAAUUCCGGGGCACCUCCGCGUGGUCUCCAAAUUACGCUCGGUACACAGAAAUCUCCAGCUAUUGUUGAUACCAUAGUUAUGGCUAACCUAGGUUAUUUCCAACUCAAAGCUAAUCCAGGAGUUUGGGAACUGCGCUUGCGUGAUGGUAAAUCUGCUGAUAUCUAUGAUAUUAGCCAUGCCGAGGGUCUCAAUACAAUACAUGAAAAUCAAUUAACAAAAGUGGUUAUAAAUUCUCUGCGUUCUCAUGUGAUAAAACUUAGAGUAACAAAGAAACCUGGUAAACAGAAUGCUGAUUUGCUUGGCGACGACGAAGAAGAUGCAAAAUCCGGUAUCUGGAACUCUAUUGCUAGUUCGUUUGGAGGCGGUAAUUCACCCACUGCAGCUGGUAAAAAUGGCAUAGAGGAUGCCGAAACAAUUAAUAUAUUUUCACUUGCUUCCGGUCAUUUAUACGAACGCCUUUUGCGCAUCAUGAUGUUAUCUGUGUUAAAGCAUACAAAAUCACCUGUUAAGUUUUGGUUCUUGAAAAACUACUUGUCACCACAAUUUACCGAUUUGCUACCUCAUAUGGCACGAGAAUAUGCUUUUCAAUAUGAACUUGUACAAUAUAAAUGGCCACGGUGGCUUCAUCAACAGACGGAGAAGCAACGCACGAUAUGGGGAUAUAAGAUACUUUUCCUGGAUGUUUUAUUCCCCCUUAACGUUCGAAAGAUAAUUUUCGUAGAUGCAGAUGCCAUUGUACGCACUGAUAUUAAGGAACUUUAUGAUAUGGAUUUAGGAGGGGCACCAUAUGCAUACACACCUUUCUGUGAUUCUAGAAAGGAAAUGGAAGGAUUCAGAUUUUGGAAACAAGGUUACUGGCGUAGCCAUCUGAUGGGUAGACGAUACCAUAUCUCGGCUUUGUAUGUUGUUGACCUUAAACGAUUCCGCAAAAUUGCGGCCGGUGAUCGUUUACGUGGCCAAUAUCAAGCUUUGAGCCAGGACCCAAACAGUCUGUCAAACUUAGAUCAGGACUUGCCCAACAACAUGAUCCAUCAGGUGGCCAUCAAAUCAUUACCGGAUGAAUGGUUGUGGUGUCAAACGUGGUGCAGCGACAGCUCUUUUAAAAAAGCUAAAGUGAUUGAUUUAUGUAACAAUCCAAUGACCAAGGAAGCUAAACUAACAGCAGCGCAACGUAUAGUUCCUGAAUGGAAGGAUUAUGAUAUGGAAAUUAAAAAUUUAAUGAUAAAAAUCGAGGAUCAUGAAAAUAGUGAUCAUUAUGCCCAAGCCGGUUCAACAAGCGAAAUUCCGAAAUCAAGUAAUGAAAAUAAUGAUGAAGGAAACACGAUACACGAAGAACUGUAAUUUUCAUUCCCACCCUGUCUUGUGAUU